ACACUGAAACCCGAUAUCUACCCCCCUUAUGACAGCAGGUGGAGGCAAAAGGGGGCGAAGAGGAUGGAGGAUAAGGACAUCGGCUCAUUAACGAAGCCCAUGAUCGAUGAAACUACGCUGUUGGACGAUAAGCAAAGACUGAAGACAAUGGAGGAGCUAAACCAGGUGGGCAGGACGGCGGAAGCGGCAUAUUUGGAAAAUUCAAGAGCAAGGGAAGAAGCGCAAAAGGAGGUGCAGAGCCACGACCAGGGGAAUGAAGCAAAAGGCAUGGACUAUACGGAAGGGGGGGUAGGGUCAACUAGGGCAGACAACACGGCCACUUCACUCAAAAGGAAGGCCAGGACAGAGGAGUCCAAUGAGAUAAGUCAGGGCGAACAAGGAGAGCAGGGGAGCAAACGAGCACAGUCAGAAGGAGCAACAGCCACAAGUGGGACUCAACAGACACCGGGUAAGCAAGACCAGGAGAUGGAAUCGGUGCAGGAGGGGACAGGGUCUCUCACACCCUCAGAUGAGCCAAUGGGGGUCUCGCAGCAAGCGGACAACGGACAGUCCCCUUCAGAUGAGCAGGAAAUGGAGGACACAGGCAAAGAGGAAGACCCCUCAAAAGCAGGGCCAGCCAGUCCGGCCAAGGAGCCUAAACGGAGGAGAGAGAGGGGGAAGGAUGUUGGGACAGACGGCUUGGAUGGGAAUUCAAGUGAGGACGGCUGGGAUGACGAAGAGGAGGAGGAGGAGGAAGAGCCAGAAACGCUGGAAAGAUGGGUCAAAUGUGUGCACGCGCUGGAAUGGGAGCGUUUGGUAGAAUGUGAGGUGCGCGGCUCACCACAAGCACCUAAGAAAUUUGAAGGAAGCCACAGCAGCAGCAGAGGGCAUCACCACCGCAAACCGCUACGACAUACUGAAAAGGAGAAAGAAGUGAACGAGUUCUACGCUACUCAGUACGGGUGGAAGGCACAGCUCCGCAAGAAUGACAUCCAAGUGCAAAGCGGGAACUACAACAAACUUUUUGAAUGGCCAAGGACCUAUCAGGCAAAUGGAUUGAAGCGUUCGGAGCGCAAGAGGAAAGCUCAACAGGAAGCGCAGCAAACGGACAAGGAAAGUCAAUCCCAAGCAAGUACAGAGGAGGAAACGGGAGAGGAAGAGCUAAUGGAGGACGCGCGCAGACAAGCAGUGAUCUUAGAGGCUCAGAUCAAUGUCCUCAAGGACCAGAACCGGGAGCUGGGGGAAGACACAACGAAUCUGGACAAGAUAGCUUAUGCGCCGCACAAGGAAAUAGAAGCAGCAGCGAAGCUAUAUGCCAGAAACUCUCCCAAACGUAGGGUCAUACUCCCGUUCAGGUGGAACGAGGAGCACAAAGAUUGGGAGGUAGCAAUACCGCGUUCAUUGGCCCUGGUUACGGCAGAGGAGGCCAACUGCUUCAGACAGUCCUUGAAGGGAACCAUAUCGGAGGACUUGCCGACCCACACAUACGUGUUGGGGGACUGGAAGCAAGAAAGGGAAGAAACGCAAGAGUCAGCAGACACGCUGCAGGCAACGGAUUACAGACCAAUCUUGUUUAGGCUACAGGAAACAGCCAAGUUGUGAGAGGACUUGAUAUGGAUGUCGUGGCAGGUGGUGGAGACCAUCCCCUACGGGCUG